CUGCGUCACUUGUGCUGUCUCGUUAUAGCUUUGCCCUAUUAUUACGACCGUUCGUACUCGGAUCGAACUCUUUGAUGUUGUGAGUUGUGACGUCAUAGGUUACAAAAUCUUGUUUGUGAUAAAAUUUGAAGGAGUGGUACAUUACAAAUAUACGUAAAUCGCCUCGCCAAAUCGACCCCGGAGUGAUGGCUAUUUGAAACGCGAUCAUGGUGCAGGUCGUCCGACUUACCCGUUCGCGACAUGACAUCGGCCGGGGCGUGCAUCCACCGCUUUCUACUUAUUGUGUUAUGAAUUAUGAUGAGUCACCUCGUUAAAAUUCACAGCCAUGCGGCCGGACUGUCGGUGACCGACUGUGCCCGAAGUUUGUCAUUAGUUUAGCGAUCGUGCUGAGUCGUCUUGUCUUCGCUGCCGAUAAUUUCCGCGUACUCGUACAAGUUCGACUGGCCGCGGUGACGUGAGACCUAGUAUGACCUUCACGGAGCCUACGCGCCGCUCGUCGAAGCCUUUGUCGAUCUCGAGUUGCCCGGAGAGCCUUGAUGUUGCGUGUAACCGGAAAGGGGCCGACACAAGCGAUGGAUCGAUGGUUGGAAGGAAUAGUGCUGUGGCUGACGGAUCUCCUCAAUACCCUGCUCCUAAAGAAGGCGCGACGUAAAGAGCGCGAUGGCGAUGCAGCGAGUGACCCCAAGCUAUACCUUCAAGAGGCGCUGUUGGAGCGCAAGCUGCCCGAGCUGGACAUGCGACAGCUGGUCGAGCUGCCGCGAGGCCUGGACUACAACGAGUGGCUCGCGUCACACACGCUGGCGCUGUUCGACCACGUGAACCUGCUGUACGGCACGGUGUCGGAGUUCUGCACGGCAGCGUCGUGCGCCGACAUGUCGGGGCCGGGCGGGCGCACGUACGCGUGGUACGACGAGCGCGGCAAGAAGUCCCGCGUCGCUGCGCCGCAGUAUGUCGACUACGUCAUGACCUUCACACAGAAGACGGUAAACGACGAGAGCGUUUUCCCGACGAAGUACGCUAACGAGUUCCCGGCGGCGUUCGAGAGCGUCGUGCGGCGCGUGCUGCGGCUGCUGUACCACGUGGUGGCGCACCUCUACGCGGCGCACUUCCGCGAGCUCGCGCGGCUUAGCCUCCACGCCCACCUCCACCUCACCUUCGCCCACAUCACCGCGCUCGACCACCGCUUCGCGCUGCUCGACCAGAAGGAGACGGAGGUGUUGCGAGACCUGGAGGUGGCGCUGCGGCUGACGGAGCCGGCGGAGGAGGAGUCGCCGCGGCGAUCGCCCGUCGUCACGCAGCCGCUCGCGUCCGCGUGACCGCCGCGCCUCGCCCCCUGUGCUGCGCUGCACCCCGCCCCGCGCCGCCCCGGUACUUAACGCCUCCCGACGCUGUACUAUAUUCUUUGCAGUCAGUAAAAUGGCUAGUUCGUUGUCGUUGAGAUGCAGGAAGUCGUCAAAUAGAGAUUUGACCGAUGAUCGAUUCGUGUACUUCAAUCGGUGAACACGGCCCCAGUCAUGGAUUGAUUUUACAUCACCGAUACUGAAUACUCUAAUCACUAAUGAACAGUUCGUUGAGCGGUAAAGAAUGCAGGAAGGCGUCGGUGCAGUUGUUAAGUUGACGAAUAAAUUGCUUGAUCCGCGUUCACCGUAUUGAAGUUAGCGAGUAUGGUUGGACCUGACGUUAGUUUGUUGAAUUUUGCACCUGAUAACCUAAUGUAUUUUCCACGCGAAUAGUCCUUCAGUCUCUAGCUCUACUGACAAAACGAGAGUGAAGUGCCUGUCAUUUUAGCGACUGAGUUGAACCGGAGUUUUAGGCUACGAAGACGGGCUGUCGCUACCGACUAUAUUCGUGUCGGUGGAACACGCAGAGCCCUCAUUCCGCGGUCGUUUGACUUCAUUUGUAUGAGCCGCCUAGCGGAGACACCGGGUAUUAUGCCUACAAAUGUAGUCAACGAUACGCGCUCGAUCGUGUUCGCACGAAGGGGACGGAGACAAAUGAAAGGCUAAUACGAAACGGAGACAAUAUUUCUGUCCGUCCCGUUGGUGUGAGCUCGUCACAGUUAGUUACUCACCCGGGGCCCCGAGCCCGACCCGCGACGUUGAUUGUUAACUCUAUUGUAAAUAUUUCUCUGUUAAGUAGUUUUAGGUGAUUACGAUUUAAAUUAGUUUGUAAAUUUGUGAUUGCUUUGGUUGUAAAUAAAAGUGAUAUUUGUUUAACUAAUAAACUGAAAGCUUUA